AUGAAGAUCGUUUACAUCGGAAUCCUCCAAAAUGGCCAGGCUCCCGCGGUGGAGCUCUGCGCAGAGCGUGAGCUUAGCAGCUACUCGCGCUUUACCAGGGGUAGCAUUAGCGAGUUCAUGACCAUGUUCAGCAAGACUGUCGCCGAACGCACGAAACAAGGCCAACGACAGGAUAUCCAAGAGCAAGACUUCACAUUCCACGUAUACGCGCGCACCCAGGGUAUCGCCGGUGUCAUCAUCAGUGAUAACGAGUACCCUUCCCUCGCCGCUCACCAGGUCCUUUCCAAGACUCUUGACGAAUUCCUCACCCUCCACCCGAACGCUGGUUCCUCGCGGGAACCGAUCUCCUUCCCCUCGCUGAAGACCUACAUCCAAGCCUACCAGGACCCUCACCAGGUGGACAGCAUCCUCAAGAUCCAGAAGGAGCUGGAUGAGACGAAAAUCGUACUUCACAAGACCAUCGAGAGUGUCCUCGAACGCGGCGAAAAGAUCGAUGAUUUGGUAUCCAAGUCGGAGGGUCUGAGUGCACAGUCGAAGAUGUUCUACACCUCGGCGAAGAAGCAGAACUCCUGCUGUGUGAUCAUGUGAGGGCGCAUGGGAUGACCCCGACUCGAGUCGCCAGUACAGCCCCGGCGGAAAUACACCAGCGACCGAUUAUCAUGACUUCGUUUUGAGAGCGUUUUUUGUUUGCUACAGGGCAUUCGUUUGCAGUUCUGGACCAGUAUUGCUUGAUUCAUGAAUAGGGAUGGGAACACCCGGGUGCUUCGAAUUACGGGAGAGAAAGGCGGGGGGGGGGGG